UUUUCACACUCCGAGAAAAAUAAAAACACACCUGUCUCCAGCAGCAGAGUGAAGACAUCCAACAAAGAACAAAAAUGGCUGUCCGGAGCGGAAUUCCGCUGACCGCCGACCAACGGACCAUCGCCUCCUCCUCCUCCUCCUCCUUAAUAUGAAGCUCUCGGCGCUUCUCUAUCCGCCAUCGAACAGUCACCCCACCGAUCGCCGCCUGUAGGGCUCCGACAAGAAAUGGCGGCGCAACCGCAGGGGUUCACGAUGGACCCCGCCACCCUGGACGACAUCAUCGCCCGGCUCGUUGAGGUCCGGUCGGCGAGGCCCGGGAAGCAGGUCCAGCUCUCAGAGGGGGAGAUCAAGCAGCUCUGUGUCGCCUCCAAGGACAUCUUCCUCCAGCAGCCCAACCUGCUCGAGCUCGAGGCUCCGAUCAAGAUUUGCGGUGAUAUUCAUGGGCAGUACAGUGACUUGCUGAGGCUUUUCGAAUACGGGGGCUUUCCUCCUGCUUCCAACUACUUAUUCUUAGGAGAUUACGUGGAUCGCGGCAAGCAGAAUUUGGAGACCAUAUGCCUCUUGCUUGCCUAUAAGAUUAAAUACCCGGAGAACUUCUUCCUUCUUAGAGGGAAUCAUGAAUGUGCUUCCAUUAACCGGAUAUAUGGGUUCUAUGAUGAAUGUAAGCGGCGGUUCAACGUGAGGCUCUGGAAAUCCUUCACUGAUUGUUUCAAUUGCCUCCCAGUAGCGGCUCUUGUUGAUGACAGGAUAUUGUGCAUGCACGGCGGACUCUCUCCUGAUUUGAACGGCUUAGACCAAAUAAGAAGUCUUCCUCGCCCAACUGCCGUACCCGAUAAUGGCUUGUUGUGUGAUCUACUCUGGUCAGACCCGGGCAAGGAUAUGAAGGGAUGGGGCAUGAAUGACAGAGGAGUAUCCUACACCUUUGGUGCGGAUAAGGUUUCAGAGUUCCUAGCAAAGCAUGACUUGGAUCUUGUUUGCCGUGCUCAUCAGGUCGUAGAAGAUGGGUACGAAUUCUUUGCAGAUAGGCAACUCGUGACGAUAUUUUCAGCACCCAACUACUGUGGUGAGUUUGACAAUGCUGGUGCGAUGAUGAUUGUCAAUGAGAACUUGACGUGCUCCUUCCAGAUUCUCAAGCCAGCAGAGAAGAAAACAAGACCAUAAUGUCGACAAAGAUGCGAUAAGAUGUUCUCGCCUAUGGCCAGUGAAGAGGAGGCAAUGAUUGAAAGAAACGAAGUCGAGAUCUUUCUUUCCGGGUAUAUCGGGGGAAUUGAGGCUGUAUUUUGCACUACAGCCACUUGAGGUAGUUUUAUAGUUGCAUCUGGAGGAAGGCUUAUUGGUAUUCGUUUAGGGCAGAAUUUGAUUUGGCUGGCUGCCCUGCAUAUUUAUUCCCUUCUUUGGCCUUCUCUCCCUAUUCUUAAUUCACUGAGAUGUGUACGGAGACGGGAAGAAACAGUUUUAGUUCCAUAUUAAUGCCUUAGAUGAUUAAAAGAUGGGAGCUUCUUGCUGUUGACUUGUGC